AUGUCUUGGAGAGAAAUGCGUAACUUCUCAGAAAUGAUGAGGGCACUUGAAUAUGCUCGCCUUAUAUCCUUAGAGAGUUUUCGCGCUCCAAAUUUUUCGCUAAUGGCGGAAAUCUUGAGGUGGUUAGCCUUGCGCUUCGAUCCGAACGCCGAUAUACCAAAAUUUUUGGAUACCGAGCAAGAUCGCGUUAUUUUUGUCAAAGUAAUUGUUCAAUUUAUGGUGGUAAAGGCAUUUAUUAAAUUAAAUGCCAAGAGACUUUACAAGGCAGAUGGUUACGCUGUUAAAGAAAUGUUGAAAAUAGUCAAAUUUCUGCAUUCCUCGUUAAAAUUUUGUGAACAAACGGGAGAUGAUGAGCAACUUAAUCUAAAUUUCGCUGAAAUUCUGAGCAUUGAAAGAGUAAGUUGGUGUUCCAAAAAUGCCGAGUCAUUUUCUUUCCAGUUGAAGCAACUUCAACAUACUCGUUUCUUGGCCAGUCAGCUAACAUCGUCAGGUGCAUCCCUGUAUUCCCAUAUGUCCCGUGAGGUUGACUUUCGCCAAAUUCGAAACGAUGCAAUUCAUCGACAGUUUGACAUUGAAUUUGUCGAGAAAUGCCUUUCUGGUGCCUGUGAUGCAGUUCGGGACGAAAUCGCAAAGACAGAAUCAGCUUUAAAUAACAUUAGAACAGACGAAAAUAAUUUGGAUAGAAAAAUAGAAAAAAAGCAAAGUGAAUUGGAGAGAAAUCAGAAGAGGCUUUUGACACUACAGGUGCUACAAUUGUAA